AUGCCGGCGACCGAGAUGCAGUCGAUGGAGAUGGACAUGGUGCAGGGCAUGUACGACACGUACGAACUUGGUGGCCUGGACCCGCCGACGUACUCCGUCCUUCUCGCCCCCACGGCGGAUGACCCGCCCGAGUUGCGCGUGACGAUCGUGUACGAGUCGGAGGGGUACCCCGAGACAGCCGCCCCCACAGUGCGCCUGGAGCACCACGCCAAGCAUCGCCGCAUGCAGACGACGACACUCGCCAAAGAGAUUGAGGAGCUUUGCGCGGAGCAGGUCGGGAUGCACAGCGUCAUCUCCGUCCUUCAGAGGGCCCAGGAGUACCUCACCGAGUACGCGGCGAUGGAGGAGAAGGCGGAGCUGCAGCGGCGCGGGGACGCGUUGGCAAAAGCCGUCGCCGUCGCCUCGACGGCGGCGUCAGACCCCACAGUACGCAUCGGAACCGCCGUCACACGUGAGCUGUUCGCGGAGUGGAGCGAAAAACACGUGGCGGAGAAGCAGCGGAUGCGGGCGGUGGGGGAAAAGAAGGGCACAAAACUAACGGGCCGGCAGCUGUGGGACGGCACCCUCAAGAACGCCGACUGGGAUCUUUUUGCCUCCGACGACGACGACGACGACGGGCAGGACGUCGAGUUCUACGCCCUGGCGCAGGCGGAGGGGGAGGAGAUGGAGUUCGACUUAGACGACCCUGCAGAGGAGGAGGGGUGA